GCGGCCUCUGAGCUCGCGGCGGCGCCUCCCCUCAGCCUCCGCCGCCUCGCAGCCCGUAUCCCGGCCACAGUCCCUGGAGUCCGACUCCAUCGGGCAGGGGUCUUGAGGCUCAGGAUGGCGGAUUUCGACGAGAUCUACGAGGAGGAGGAGGACGAGGAGCGGGCCCUGGAGGAGCAGCUGCUCAAGUACUCGCCGGACCCGGUGGUGGUCCGCGGCUCGGGUCACGUCACCGUAUUUGGACUGAGCAACAAAUUUGAAUCAGAAUUUCCUUCUUCAUUAACUGGAAAAGUAGCUCCUGAAGAAUUUAAAGCCAGCAUCAACAGAGUUAACAGUUGUCUUAAGAAGAACCUUCCUGUUAAUACACGAAGAUCGAUUGAGAAGUUAUUAGAAUGGGAAAACAAUAGGUUAUACCACAAGCUGUGCUUGCACUGGAGACUGAGCAAAAGGAAAUGUGAAACGAAUAACAUGAUGGAAUAUGUCAUCCUCAUAGAAUUUUUACCAAAGACACCAAUUUUUCGACCAGAUUAGCAUUUACUUUAUUUAUAGAGACUUUCCAAGUAUGUUGUCUUUCCAAUGGUGCCUUGCUUGGUGCUCUUCUGGUGGUGACAUAACAUUGGUUCUACAGAAUCGUGUGGUGUUUUUUUCUUUUUUUUUUUUUUUAAUAACCGCAUGUUCUAAGUGUGCAUUUUUGUCCAACUUUGCAACAGUUAUUUCAUACAGAUGUUUAAUACUUAAGUUAUUGUGCUCUUUUCUGUUAUGUAUUCUGAUUUUCAAGGUUACUUUUUUGUAUUAUCAAAAAAAAAAAUACAUUUGAACUUAGCAUAAAAAAUGGCCAGCCUUUUUUAUUUUAUCACCAAGGUAUACACAGUCUUUUAUUUAUUAAUUCCUUAAUAUAGAAAAACACCUUUGUAAGACUCUACUCAUCAUUUAUAGCAAGCACACUCUUUGUAUUCUUUCUCACCCUUUUUAAAUUUAACAUAGUUAUUCUUUUAAAAUAGUAAGUUUUCUUUAAUAGCUUUUUGUCAUUUAACAUAUUCUUUCUCAUACAAUUCCUAAUGCUCUGUUUACAGCGGAAAUAUUUGUAACAUUAU